AUGGCGGCAGAGCCCACAACCAUCAACGGCAGCCUUUUGGGCUACCUGCGCACAGCCGUCAAGCUUGUAUCUUCCCAGUACGCCUACACCUCCACAGCGUUCGACGAUUUAGACGAGACCGUGUCUGUGCUUUGUGAUGCCAUAACGCGCGUUCUCAUGCACGGCCUCUCUGCACGGUCGGGGGUGGUGAGCCUGUUGGGGCUGCAAACACCACCGUCUUUUUGGCCCUACGUGGAGCAACUGGAGACGGUGGGAGGUGACCGAGGGGCAUGCAUACCUUGGAUUCGAGCUGCUGUGACCUCCAACGACGCUCGCGCCAAGACGUGGGUCAAGCUCGCUCUCAAUCGACAUCACCUUGGCGCUUGCAUUGCUGACCUCGCCCGCGACCAAGCACUCACUGCCAAGUUCUAUGAGGACGGCUGUAUACUACGAACGCGCGAGGACUGUCAGAUAAUGCUGACACUGAUGGAAGGGUUGAGUACGGUGGCGUUCGCACUCCGGAUCGACGAGAAGCUGCAGCGGAUCGUGCAGGAGGCAUGGCCUUCGGCCAAACCCUCCGCGUUCAAGCCUCCCGAGAGCCCCGGCGGUAGUCGAGGCAUCAUCCCCACGCCCCACUUGGAAGAUAUCUUCGUGGUGCCGGAAACCAAGACGAGGAAGAAGCAUCCAAAGAAGCGCAUCAUCAUUUUACGAGACGAAGUGGACAGUGCCUAA